CGCUGGUCCUGGUGGCCUGCGGCUCGUACUCGCCCGUCACAUACCUCCAUCUGCGCAUGUUUGAAAUGGCGGCGGAUUACUUUAACCAGCAUUCGCGGUACGAGCUGAUCGGCGGGUAUUUCUCUCCGGUGUCCGACUACUACCAAAAGGAGGGUCUGGCACCAGCACACCACCGCGUCAAGAUGUGCGAGCUGGCGACUGAAACCAGCUCGACGUGGCUCAUGGUUGAUUCAUGGGAGUCGCUGCAGCCGUCAUACCAGCGGACAGCGGUUGUGCUCGACCACUUUGACGAGGAGCUCAAUGGCAACAUGGGUGGCAUGAAGAUGCCUGACGGAUCUGUCAAGAGGAUUCAGAUCCUCCUGCUGGCUGGCGGUGACCUGAUCGAGUCGAUGGGCAAGAAAGACGUCUGGGCCUCAGAGGACCUGCACCAUAUCCUGGGCCACUUUGGCUGCAUGGUAAUCGAGCGGACCGGAACCGACGUCUGGGAGUUUUUGCUAUCGCACGACAUUCUGUACGAGCACAAAGAUAACAUCCAUGUUGUGAAGCAAGUCAUCUACAACGACAUUAGCUCGACAAAGGUGCGCCUGUUUGUCAAGCGGAAAAUGUCCAUCAAAUACCUGGUGCCCGACGCCGUCAUGCGCUAUAUAUUCGACAACUCGCUGUACUGCACCAAACUAACGAGGAAGCGCGACUAUGUGUCGUUCGCUUUUGACUAAUACUGCGAUCACCUUGCGUCUCCUUUCAUCGCUCUUAUAUAUUUUUGUCUCGUUUUCCUUCUCCUUACAAGUGCUUUUCUUUUAUAUUUGCUCGUGUUUCGAUAUUUUCAGAACCACAUAUAUGGUAUUUAAACCCUGCC